AUGGGCUGGGGCAAUGUUCUGGCUACACAGAGUCGACUCGAUGACAGCUUCAAAUUACACGUCAAAUGUUCGGAGCAUUACAAGCGUUCAGUUGGAAAUCCUCACCAUCGAACUGGCGACGGGUGUGCAAAGGCUUCGAACCAUUCUGCUCGCACAGGAGACGGUCCUACAGCGCUUGUGUUGCUUGAUCAAGCCCUCGAGAUCUUCAACCUUGAGACAUACCCCAGGCCAGGAGCUUCCAGAGCUCACUACAAGAAUGGUAAUGUCAUGAAGCAGAUUGAUCAGCAAGAGGAAGCCAAAAAGGAAAUGGGCACGGCUUUUGACAUCUUCAACAGUUUCGUUCCUUCUGAAGACCGUGCUGGAAGCAUCGAUGAGGUGGAUGAUGAGGACUUUGAUCAUUGGAUUAUGUUUUGGUCUCGAUAA